GACCACCCCCGGGUGCUGCAGGAGGGAAGGCACCGCGUGGGACCGGGCGGCAUUUUUGGGCUGAAACCCCUGAAAUCUGGGGCUCUGCAUGGCUGUGGGGCGUUCCCAGGCCCCGGCGGUGGCAAGAUGGCUUUUGCCAGCCUCCUGGAGCACGUGGGGGGCAUGGGGCGCUUCCAGGUGGUCUCGGUGCUGCUCCUGUCCCUGCCCGUGCUGAUGAUGGCCAGCCACAACCUCCUGCAGAACUUCACCGCUGCCACCAGCGACCACCGGUGCCGCCUGGGCCCGGAGGCCAACGCCAGCGGCCUCGACCCUGAGGCCCUGCUGAGGGUCUGGGUGCCCCGCGGGGAGCGGUGCCAGCGCUUUGUGACACCCCAGUGGUGGCUUCUGGAGGCCAACAUUUCGGCGCCCAACGGCUCUCAGCCGGAGACGGAGCCGUGCGGCGAUGGUUGGACCUACGACCGCAGCGUCUUCACCAGCACCAUCAUCACUGAGUGGGACCUGGUGUGCAGCUCCCGGGGGCUCAGGCAGCUGGCGCAGUCACUCUACAUGGCUGGAGUCCUGGUGGGCGGCGUCUUCGGGGGGCUCUCGGACAGGUUUGGCCGCCGCUUGGUGCUCACCUGGUGCUACCUGCAGAUGGCCGCCAUGGGCACCUGCUCGUCCUUCGCGCCCACCUUCACCGUCUACUGCCUGUUCCGCUUCCUGACGGGCAUGGCCUUCUCGGGCAUCGUCCUCAACAGCGUCUCCCUCUCGCUGGAGUGGAUGCCGACACACAUGCGGGCACUGGUGGGGACCUUCAUGGGGUACUGCUACACCGCCGGGCAGUUCCUGCUGGCCGGCGUCGCCUUCGCCAUCCCUGACUGGCGCCAGCUGCAGCUCGCGGUGUCCCUGCCCUUCUUCGGCUUCUUCCUCUACUCCUGGUGGCUGACGGAGUCAGCGCGGUGGCUUGUCAUGGUGGGGAGGUCCCACCAGGCCCUGCGGGAGCUCCAGAAGGUGGCCAGGAUCAACGGGAAGAAGGAGGAAGGGGACAAGCUCGACAUAGAAGUAAAGGGUCCCUUCUGGGUCCCCCAGGGUGUCCCUGGGACAUUUCACAGGGGUCCCUUAAGUAUCCACCCCAUGGACGACUGUCCAUCCAUGGUCAUCCCUUAUGCAUCCUGUCCAUCCAUCCAUUCAUCAUCACCAUCUCAAUGACGUCCAUCAUCUCCAUCUCUUCCAUUUCCACCCAUCCCAUCCAUCCCUUCCACCCAUCCACGAAUCCACCAUCUUCAUUCCGCCAUCCACCCAUGAUCCUCCAGCCUCUGUUUCCCCCAUCCUGCCCAGACCUGCCCAGGUUCAAGAGGGUCCCCCGUGCCCCAC